AUGGACCUUGGUGAUCUAUACUAUAGAGCUGUCGACAUCGUCCAGGAUAACGCUGACCAGCAGUGGGUCAAAGAUUUGAUGAAAUUCUGGAAGGAUGAAACUCCUGGCCUAACCGACAACCGUCCCUCUAAGCGACGCAGAGUUGCUGCAACCGAUGACUCUGGUACCGAUGACGACAUGGACGACUUUUUCGGAGACGACACAGCUGCUGCUGACCAGCAUGACGAGGAAAACGAAACACGUUCUCGCACUCUGAAUCAGAGCAACCCUGGUGGUCCUCAGAAUGAUGCCCCUCCUACACCUCCUCGCAGCUCCCCAACACCUGGCAGUUCCCCGGCACCUCCUCACACUGGUUCCCCGGCACCUCCUCGUACUGGCUCCCCAGCACGCACUCAGCGCGAACUUUCUCCUUUGAGCGACCCUCCGACGACUCCUGCACCCGUUGGACGCAAAACCAAACGAGCAGCGCCAGUGCCUCGAGGCGGUGGCCGCGGUCGUGGCAAGGCGAGAUCACGACGGUGAUGAUCUGCAGUAACG